UAUCUACAUCACACCGAUAGAACCAACGGUAACCAUACAUUUCUCAUUACCAUUUUUUAACCGCCAAAAACCAUGCUCUCCGCCGGAGCUCCUCUUGCCGGCGGCAACAACCUCUUCCUCCACCGUAACAACUUCCGAUCAUUCAAACCAAUUGCCACCACUUCCUUCACAUUCCGAUCGAUCUCAUCAACCCUAAAAGAACUCGACACUUCAUCAUCACCGGCGACAUAUGAUGAUCGGAAACUGAGUCCAACAGUCACCGGUACGGCGUCGUUUCCGCCGCUGAAGGUUGCAAAACGAGUGGUUCUGGUGAGGCACGGGCAGAGCACGUGGAAUGCGGAAGGUAGAAUCCAAGGGAGCUCUGAUUUCUCGGUUCUUACUCAGAAAGGAGAGGCUCAAGCUGAGACUUCCCGCCAAAUGCUUAUUGAUGACUCCUUUGAUAUAUGUUUUUCAAGUCCGUUGAAAAGAUCGAAAAGAACCGCAGAUGUUAUAUGGGAUUCUCGGAAAGCGGAGAUCCUUACAGAUUAUGACUUAAGGGAGAUUGACCUGUAUUCAUUUCAAGGUCUCCUGAAGCAUGAAGGUAUAGAAAAGUACGGUCCGGCGUUUCGUCAGUGGCAAAAGGAUGCUCCGAAUUUUAACAUAGAUGGUCAUUAUCCAGUGAGGGAAUUGUGGGAUCGUGCUAGUAGCUGCUGGAAGAAAAUAUUAGCUCAUGAUAGCGGUUCUGUUCUUGUGGUUGCUCAUAAUGCUGUUAAUCAGGCUCUUGUUGCUACAGCAAUGGGCUUCGGAACUGAGUACUUCAGGGUCUUACUUCAAAGUAACUGUGGUGUUAGUGUGCUAGAUUUUGUCCCGCGGCCUGAUGGUGGAUCUCCGUAUAUAUGUCUUAACCGAUUAAAUCAGACUCCAAGCUCUCCUAUUGGUGGUGGAAGUAAUGCAGGCAGGAAAGCCAGUAAACGGAUCGUACUAGUCUGUCAUGGGUCAACUGAGGCCAGCAAUGCUGAUGCUGGUGACACAUCAAUGAACAUGCUUGGUACCAUUCAAUCACAAAAAACAGCAGAACUGCUUCUUGAUUUGAAUGUGAGAUCAAUAAUUAGCAGCCCUAGAAUCGCGCCAACUGAAACCGCUAAUGCUAUUGCUCGUGUUCAAGAAGCUGCUGAUUGUCUUGGUGCUGAUUGUGUGCCACGAUACGUAGAAACAAAGCAGCUGAAAGACCUCGAUGUUCAUGACAUUCUUAAUCGUUCAAAAAAGGAAUCAAUUAAUGCAUCAAGUCUACAAUCUGGGUGGAUGAACGGAUUCGAAGAUGAAUUAUUAACAGAAAUAUGGAACCGAUCAGGAGCAGCAUGGAAAUCACUAUUAGACGAACUGUCAAACGAAUCUGAACCAGACAACAUUGUCGUAACAGUUGGUCAUCCAAUCAUUAACAUUGGAUUAUUAACACAUUGCCUAAAUCUAACAAAGGAUUGGAUUGGAUCGUUUCAUCUUGAUGCUGGUAGCAUUACUGUCAUUGAUUUUCCUGAUGGUCCUUUCGGGAGAGGUGUUGUUCGAUGCAUAAACUAUUCGGCACAUCUUGGGAGGUGGUCGAUUCCUAUUACUAGGCCGACACAAAGUGAUGAAGAAUUCUAGUUCGUGAGUGCAAGGGCCUUACAUUAUAACAUCGUGUGACACUAGUAAAAAGUUACGCAUUGUAUAGUAUCUGGUAUUCUUUUUUAUGUGUUAUAUAUGUAUCUAGUGACACCCGAACGUUUUUGAGGAGCGACCGAUCCUGGGUCCGCUGAUUAAGUGUGUGUGCAAGCAUUUUCAUGUUGUAAUCGCGCAUGCGCAUACCGUUUGAUAAUGAAUCUUUGAUAAGAAAAAAAAAUCCAGCAUUGUUGAAGUGAUGAUCAUUA